AUGACUACUCAUUUAUACAUACCGAAACAGCCAACGGAUUAUCAACGGAGUGAACGAGUUCGAAUAUGCAAAGAAAAUCUGUCAACAUUUGAAGAAGAAAGAUGGCGUUUAUGUGACAUGGUAACAGGUGAUGAAUCAUGGUUUUUCCAUCAGCAAACUGGUCGAAAAGCUUCCAAUGCGGCUUGGGUGGCAAAAGAAGAUCCUCCAUCCACAAAAGUGCGACGAAAUAAGUUUGCUCCGCAAACUUUAUUUUGCAUUUUCAUUAAAUCAACUGGUCCUCUUCUAACCCAUCGUGUCGAACGUGGACAAACCAUCGAUCACCAAUAUUACAUCAAAAACUGUUUGCAACCGGUUAUCCAAGAAAUCAAGAAACAAAGACCUCUCUCAGGUACUUAUGCCAUCAAACUUCAUCAUGAUAACGGAGGAGCACAUGUUCAUAAAGAUGUCCUCGAUUAUCUUGGUUCAGAGGAGUUACUAUAGUACCAGAACCAUCCAAUUCUCCAGAUCUGUCUACCUGUGAAUUUUGGUUAUUCGACUUAAUCAAACGAAAUCUAACUGAUCAAACUAAUUCCGAAUCGUUACAUCACGCUAUAAUCAAGUUCAUGUAGUCUUUGGAUAAAGAAGAGUAAAGAAAAACGUUUGAUAAAUGGAUUCAAAGAAUGCAAUUGUGUGUAGAUAAUCAAAGCAAUUACUUUGAACAUUUCAUGAAAUAAAAGCUUCUUGAACUUGUUUAUGUAUUUUCAAUUUUUGGGUAUGCUAAUAUGAGUAAACGAUAAAGUCUCAGAAGUGGCGAGAAAAAAGAAUAAAGGAAAGCAGAAAAACAAAGCCACGAUCAAGAAAAGA